GGAUGGAGUUAACGCAAAUGGGGUGGUAAAUCACUAAAGGACUUUAGCUCCCAUAAACAAGACGAGUUCAACAUUUCAUAAGCGUACAGUAUACCCUGAUAUCUCUUUAUGCAGUCGCUGAUCCUCUCAUGUUUACAAUGUUUAUCCUCACUCCUCCUGUCUUACGUUUCAACGGAGACUCGCGCAGUCGAUACGUUUAAAUGACGUACAGGGGGGCAUGUUCUUCAUAAACGUAUUCUUCGUAAUUCUGAAAUUAAAUAUGAAAGACUAGAUUCCACAAGUUUUAAUUAUCCUACACUAGCCCCCAAUGUUAGGUUAGCUUCGUGGCGUCGCAGGUCGGUGGGUCUGUCAGCGCCGAAGACCCAACAAAGACCCGCAGCUGAGCUCAUUUUCGCCGAGGGGCACGCGAUGAACUCAUUUGCAUAUUCGCGCCGGCAGAUUUUUGUGUCGCUAUUGAACACUCCUGUGUUCUGAGUCGGCACACCUUCCAGUAUUAGCAUCACUCUCACCCUAACGGUGACCUCUUUGUGGUAUCCACUUGACAUGAUGGCAGCCAUUCCCACCGGCAGGCCAGACAUUCCCAUGAUGCCAAUGCCAGUCUAUCCAAAUCCAGGCUUUAUGCAUGCCCCAGACAACCCUCACAUUAACAAACUGCCUGUGCCUGCAGCCCGAGGUCUUCACAACACCCACAUUUCCACCACAACUGCCCCACCAUCUGAACCAGUGCAGCUGAUUUCAAGCAAUCAACAAAACAACAAGACACCAGGGGCUUCCUCUGACGGUACCAAUGAAACAGCAGCAGUGGAUCCUUCACGGCUGAAAUAUUGGAAUCACGAGGAAAUUGUGGAGCUGAUUCAACUGUAUAAAAAGUACUUACCUGAGUUUCACAAGUUUGGCCAGAGGAAAAUGAAUGUUUGGCAGCGUGUGACAGAAGAACUUGUUGCGAAAGGCUAUGGAAACUUCUCGUGGGCUGAAUGCAGUGCAAAGUUCCGUAGUCUGCGGGACAGUUACAGAAGGACUACUACCGGUGGGCGGGCUCAUACCUGGCAGUACUAUCCACUCAUGAAAGAAAUUAUGAAAAUGGAAAAAAUGAUUCUUGAACAAGAGCCAGCCAACAAACCACCAAAAGGAACCAUUACUUGUGAAAAUGAGAUAAGGGCCCAAAACAUCGCAUUCACCAACAACCAACAGCCAUGUACAUCACGGAAUGAUGAUAACGGAGAAGCUGAUUUUGGGGACUCUGACCUUGAGGAUUUGAACAGAAAGAGAACUUUGUCAGAUUCUAAUGGACCUGCAGGCAAGAAAGGAAAAGAGUCUGACCAGGAAUCAGAGAUUGUCAUUGGCAAAAAUUUCAAUGGUGAAACUGUUAAGGCUAAGACAAAACGACCACUGGGUCCACUGGGACCUUUGAGUGGUCUGCAGGCAUUAGGGAAGAGCUUGUGCUUGCCGCAAACUCAGCUGGUUGUGGCUGAUGAUGGUCAGGUAGUGCAGACAACCUCAGCUCCAACUGGUCUGUUUGUGGAUGAGAAUGGUCGGCUUGGCAGCAGUCAGGUCACACCUGCUCGACAAACAGUUUCUAUGCCUCAGUGGUUCAAGAUGUACGAAAAAAGAACACGUGCUGAAAAUAAUCGUCGUUUGGAAGAGCUGAAAGAAAUGCAUCAGGAGAGUUUGGAGCUGCAGCGACAAAGUCUGGAAAUACAGAGGCAGAAAAAUGAACUGCUGAAAAAUCUGACAGAAUCAUUGGCAGAAUUCAAAUCACUUCUUCAGAGAUGAUACAGUAAUAGUCUUCUUGUAGUCUGCAUAGUGAUGUGUAUGAGUGUUAGCUAGCCUGUAGCGUACAUAUAUUGACAGCAACAGAAAAUGCUUGGUUGUGAGAUCGCAUAAAGAAAAAUGGCUUUUGUCUUGUGAGGAAAUAUAUGACUCGCCACCACAAAAUGAGUCAAAGUCGCACAAAGCAGUUUCAGGGUAGAGGCCCAGAAAUGUGAUUAGGUUCAACUUUGUGCCAUCAGACUUGCGCACUUCAGACCUUUAUAACUCAUUCAAUUUUAGCAUCAAAAGAAAGGUCAAAACCUGUACAUUUUAAAAAUAUACAAUUUGCAAAAUCUCAAAUUUCCAACUUAAACUCAUAAGGAUACGUGGUUCUUUGGAAGAGCAGGGGCUGCACCAAACAUUACAGCAUUGUCUAUUUCAUAGCCAUAUAAAAGGAUAAAACGUCGUCCAAUGAAAGGGUUUGACUAAAGAAUUCAUGCUGGUAUUUUUAGGCACCCAACGAGCAUAUAUGCACUGAGAAAAUGGUGAUGUUGAGAAUGGGAGUUGUUGGAUAUACCAUAAAAGUCUAAAGACUCUGUUAUAACAGUAGUGCCAAAAGAGGAAAUAUUCUGAGCAAGAGAGUACUUGUGAGAAAUGGUAGAGAAGAUAAGGAAGUGAAUGGUCAGAAUAACAGUUAAAUUAUUUCUUCUCAGGAAGCAAAGAUAUGAUCUAUAAAUUUUGUUCUGAAGCUGCUGUACUUGUUGAAUCAUUAACAGCUCAUAGACCUAUGAGCAAAAAUUGCUUUAGUACAAAUCAGGGGAGUUGCAGACUGAUUCUUGUUUUUUAUAUCUUCAUUUGUGGUUGAUAUUUUAGCAAUAAUUACAGAACAAAAAUAAAAUGCUUCCUUGCACAAAACUUAUCACCCUCUUCCUCUCAUUUUCACUCAUAGCUCCUCGUCUUCCUUUUGCAAAAUGGCGAUACUCGAUCUCAGUCCUUGUUACUUGGAUCCUCAGUUACGCUUUUUUUUCGUCAGUGCUGUUCUUUAUCCUUCCAUCAUUCAUGUGUUGUUUGCUGGUUCUUCCAACCCUCAUAUGUUGCCCAUAACUUGUUCUUAAGCACUAAGAGCAUGCUCCUUAUGAGUUUUGCAUUUAUUAUUUAUUAUAAUUGUUAAAAAUUUUUGCCAUUUGAAACAAAACUAUUCUUGUAGGUAGAGCGUACAAAUAAAGAAGCGUACAAAAAUACAAAUUGGGGAGGAGAUAUCAUAAAGCUCCCUUAAUAAAGAUAUUUAGCAGCAUUUUAACUUGUAUCCCUCUACUCCUAAUCCCUUUGUAAUGCAUCAAGGUUGUGCUCGUUAAGAUAUUUCUUCCAUGAAAAAGUUCACAACUGGUUUUUCGCAAAUGUUGUAGCUUAGUUCUGCGGGCUUCAGGUUCUUAAUGCAUCAUUUUAUAUUGUGAUUGACAUAAUCAUUUGUACAUUGUUGCUUCCUUGCCAUGCUGGUUUUUGUGCUUCAAAGAUUCCAUUACAAGAAACUGAAUUUAUGUCUUUAAUAAAAUAAAACUAAAAGCUAAA